UGUUUGUGGGGGACCGAGAAAUUACAUAAUACACUGGUAGGGCCGACGCCUCGCUUAACUGAACUUUUUCUGUGGGAUUUUGUUUUCAACUCCCAUCCCGUCGACCCAGUAGCGUCAAGAGUACCGACUGCCCCCAGCGUGGUGUUCUAUACUUGGCUGUCUUCGACAAUUGCAAGAUAGGCUAAAGUCGCAGAUAUGGCUGUUGGAAAGAACAAGCGCUUGUCCAAGGGCAAGAAGGGCAUCAAGAAGAGAACCGUCGAUCCUUUCUCCAGGAAGGAUGAGUACUCUGUGAAGGCUCCUUCGACCUUCCAGACCAGGGAUGUUGGAAAAACUCUUGUGAACCGCACCAGUGGUCUCAAGAAUGCGAACGACUCUCUGAAGGGACGGAUUUUCGAGGUCUCUCUCGCUGACCUGCAGAACGAUGAAGACCAUGCUUUCCGCAAGGUCAAGCUUCGUGUCGACGAGAUCCAAGGAAAGAACUGCUUGACCAACUUCCACGGACUGGACUUUACGACCGACAAGCUGCGAUCCCUCGUUCGAAAGUGGCAAUCGCUUAUCGAGGCCAACGUGACGGUGAAGACGACUGACGACUACCUUCUUCGUCUGUUUGCGAUCGCUUUCACCAAGAGACGCCCCAACCAGAUCAAGAAGACCACAUAUGCUCGCUCGUCUCAGAUUCGCGCAAUCCGGAAGAAGAUGACCGAGAUCAUUCAGCGGGAGGCGGCCAGCUGCUCCCUGGCCCAGCUCACCACCAAGCUGAUUCCCGAGGUUAUCGGACGCGAGAUUGAGAAGUCUACUCAGGGAAUCUAUCCCCUUCAAAAUGUCCACAUCCGCAAGGUCAAGCUUCUCAAGUCUCCCAAGUUCGAUCUCGGUGCCUUGCUCAACUUGCACGGGGAGUCUGCUACUGACGACAAGGGUCACAAGGUCGAGAGGGAGUUCAAGGAGCAAGUUCUCCAGACCGUUUAA